AUGUUGGUGCUGCUCCUGACGCCUUUGUGUCAUGGCUGGAACAUGGCAGCAGUGCUUUUGGAGGCACCAUGGAGAGACGAGCAUCUUCAAGCAGAGGGGCUCGUGCUCUUUCUGGGGCAGCUCUAUUCGAUGAGGUGUUUCCUGAAGCUUUGCUCAUCUGACCCUGGGUAUUGUGCGCUUCACACUUCAGACGAGCAGAGGCGAGCAACUCAGGCCUCCUACGGCUUCUCAGAGGAGUAUGUGGCAGUGGCGAUGGCCAGUGAGAAUGAUCCGGCAGGAUGGAGAAAGAAGGCCUGCGUCAUUUGCGGCCACCUCCGGCAGGAGCGCUGCAAGCACUGCAGGCAUUGUGCGCGGUGCGUGCGGCGCUUUGAUCAUCAUUGCCCAUGGCUUGGGAACUGCAUUGGUGAGCAGAACUUGUAUGUUUUCUUCAGGUUUCUGGCCUCCACUCUGCUGUUUGCUGGUUCACCCUCAAGGUCGUUGCUUCUCGCUCUACAAUUGCACUGGGAAGCAUUGCAAACCCUGCAGGCAGGCUUCAGAGCGUGGCUUGUCACUGCAAUCCUAUUCAUUGACUCCUUCCUAGCAAUCUUCGUGACCUGUGUCCUCCUGCAGCAGGCUGGCCUUGCUGUGGCUGGUAUCACCAGGUAUGAAGGCUUAAAGGCCAAGGACUUUCGUAGCUGGUGGUCCACGUGGCGAUUUGCACAGGUGGAGCCUGACUUGGAGGUCUUGCGGAGAGUGAUGGGAGAGCUGGAUGAACGGAUGAACAGGGAGUCUCAGCUUACCUCGCAAGGCUUCCCUCCAGAGGCGAUGGAUGAACGAGUCGCACCAGCCAUUGCCCACGACAAGUCGAUGACGGUCUUUCGCUCUGCCCGGACGCCCAUUCUGAAUAGCGAGUGGGAUAUUUUUCCUGAGAUUGGGGAAGCGAUCCAGCGGGCAGGUGGGGAGGAGCUUUGCUUCAGCCAGGAGCCCAAAGCUGAUCCGAUUGCGGUUGGCAUAGCUGCAGGAAAGAAAGGCCGCGAAGUGGCUGGAAAGCUGGCAUUAGCCUUUAGCCUUUUGGUUGAUCGGGGCCUGGGAGCUCAGUGUGUUCCAACUUGGGAGGAUCCAGAGACUCAGAUCUCCAGUUUUCGUUGGAUGAUCUUGCCUGAAGGUGUUGUGGGUCAUCACGUGUCAGCAGUUGCCUGGGCUGCAGCGAUCUGCCUUGCUUGGGAGGAGGACUUCGAUCAGGUGAUUACCAUGGAACGCGCAACUGGGCCCUUGGCAAAGGCUGCCCCAGCACCCAGCCCCUCUGGCGCUUCGGCGCCGGACCUUUUCCGAUCCGGCCAAUUUGUGCUCUCAGAGGUGGUUGCAGAGGUCAACAAUGAGGUGAUCAUUACGCAUGAUCCUGAUUGGGACCCGAUGGGCUUCAAACAAGUGGGUUUUGGGUUGGCAAAAGCAGCUCGGAUUGCUCAAGUGGCUUGGCGAGUCGUUUUGGACAAGCUGGGCAGUGCAGCAUUGGAGGAAAUCAAUGCUGGCUGCCGGCAGCUGAUUCUCGACCACCUUCAAUGGUGCUACUCAGAGCUACAUAUGGGUAUCAUCCACAAACUCUAUGGGCUUUGGUACAACAUCUUUCCCAUCUAUGUGGAUCCAAGAGAUGUGGGCCACUCUGGAGCUUCCAGAGCCCGAGUCUACAUCAUCAUGGCCCACAAGCAGAAGGUUGCCCAGCGUUUUGACUGUCGAAAGAUGUAUGCAAGAAUCUCUGCAGCGAUGAAGGCUCUUGUGGCCACCACCCCGAAAGACUACUUUGUUGCAGACAAGAUUGACAUUCAGCUGGAGGCAGCGAGAGUGGCAAGAGUUCGCAAGAGACAUUUGAAGCCGAAGGCCGUUGAAUUGGACUACUUGCUCAACCAUCGGGAGCAGAAGGCAGUGGAGGAUGCGAAGCAGAUCUACUGGAAGAAAUUCCACAGGGACCCUAUGAAGGACGAGAACCUCGUGGUGUUUUUGGGCGAUAAUCCAAAGAGAUACCUUUGCUGGAGCGGAGCAAGCGGGCGCUUACCUACACUUCGAAUGAACAGUGGCAAGAUGUACAUCGUCAAAGCCAAGCGGUGGCUUUGUGGCAGGGAGAAGCUGAGCACCCUUGGAUUUCCAGUCUCUGGAGACACGGCGCUCAGUAUGGGAGUGCCCCGCCUCCCAGUUUCCGACCCCGCAAGGGCAAGCCAGAUUUCCGGAAAUUGCAUGCAUUUUUCAUGUAUCCUGGUCAUUCAAUUGAUCAGUCUCUGUUGUUUCACCAGGACAGAUUCGGACUAG